AUGGCGAACAAGCGCGUGAACACCCUCAUCACGACAUUCGGUGGUCUUGGACUGCCUCCCACACUUUCCCUGCCCACAGAGGCCUCGGCAACCACAGCGGAAAUGGAAGGCAGCAUUCUCGAUCGGUUACCCUCUCAAGACACCAAAUUCAUCAUCACUACGCUGGGCAACAAGCAAAUAGUACCUCGAUCCGACAAAUUUGUAUCCGACUACCUUGCGCAUGCCGACGAUGACUUUCUGUCUCUACGACUCAGUGUUCCCCUAUGUGGUGGCAAGGGUGGCUUCGGCUCACAGCUUCGCGCCGCAGGCGGGCGCAUGUCGUCGAAGAAGAAGCGCAACCAGGAAGAUCACGGCUCAAGUCGCAAUCUGGAUGGGCGACGAUUGCGUACGGUGAAUGAAGCCAAGGCACUGGCGGAAUACCUGGCCAUCAAACCCGAGAUGGAUAAGAAGGAGAAGGACAAGCGCCGUGAACGCUGGGAGCAAGUUGUCGAGGCCGCUGAGCGUAAGCAAGCCGAGAUCAAGAAUGGAGGGGAAGGUCGUCUUGACGGCAAAUGGGUUGACGACAAGGAGGAGAGCAAUGAGAGGACACGGGAUGCGGUCUUGGCAGCCAUGAAGGCCGGCAACUACACCGACAACCUGCUUGCGACCUCGGCCGGUUCCAGCUCUUCGGGAACCAGCCAAAAGCAUUCUGAAUCGGAGGAGGGCGAAAGCCCAAGCUCACAAGAGUCAACGCCGCAUACGAAGCCAGCGGAGACAGAGAAGACAGUCAAGGGAAAGGGCAAAGCCCCUGCUUUCUUUGGGUUCGACGACGAUGACGACGAGUUCAUGAGCUCGGACGACGAUGACGAGACGGAAAAGAAGUGA